UCCACCAAGGAAGAGAUAAAUCCCUUUUUUUGCAGUAGCUGAAUGUGUUGAGAACAAAAUAAAUUUCCAAAUAGUGGACUCCUUCCUCAUCGUGUUUCGUCAGAGUGUAUUUAAUUUCAUGCAUGUGUGAAAGAUGUUAAUAUGAUUCCUGGGUACUAAAUAUUCCUCGGCCGUACACACUCAGUCCUGUUAUCUGGAAUAGAACUAGAUUAAACUUGCAGAAUGGUGAAUUACUGAAAAUAAUGAAGCUGAGGCAAUUCAUUAAUCUUUAUCUGCUUGUCUAUUUUUUAUAGCCUGGAUGAAAUGAAAAAAUUCAUUUGGGGGCCGAUCAGAUUGAAAAGGGUCUAACAUGAAGAGCAAACAUGGGGCUGAAAAUGUUUUUUUUUCCUUUUUAAAUUAUACACAGCACCUUUUUCUUACAUGCCUCUGUUUUUCUUUUAGUGGCAAAGCAUUUCUAUAACACUGGUUGAGAAAGUUCAGAUGAUUGCUGUAAUCCUAGGAUCCCUGUUCUUAAUAGCGAGUGUGACCUGGCUCCUCUGGUCCGCCUUCAGCCCCUAUGCAGUGUGGCAGAGGAAGGACAUCCUUUUUCAAAUCUGCUAUGGAAUGUAUGGUUUUAUGGAUCUAGUGUGCAUAGGUCUCAUUGUCCAUGAAGGAGCUGCAGUUUACAGAGUGUUUAAGCGUUGGCGAGCUGUUAACUUACACUGGGAUGUAUUAAAUUACGACAAAGCCACAGACAUCGAAGAAAGCAGCCGCGGAGAGUCUUCCACAAGCAGGACUUUAUGGUUGCCAUUGACGGCUCUACGGAACAGGAACUUGGUCCACCCCACACAAUUAACCUCCCCAAGGUUUCAGUGUGGCUAUGUGUUAUUACAUCUAUUCAAUCGGAUGAGGCCCCAUGAAGAUCUGUCAGAAGAUAACAGCUCGGGGGAGGUUGUCAUGAGAGUGACUUCAGUGUGACAAAGUUAAGAAGGUGUGGUGUGGACCCCCCUGCACAUUUUGGAAUGUAAUUGCAAUGAAUGGCAAAACCAUAGCACUUCUAAAAACACACAUCUAUGAACUUUUUAAAAUUUAUGCUUUUUAUAUGAACAUUUGAAUUGCAAAUACAUUUUUCUGAAAAA